GAGUUUACUGCCUUUUAUCCUCUUAUAGUCAAUAAUUAUACUCAACAAUGGCUUCAAGACCUACGAAGAAGAGGAAACUCACCCCUCCUCAGUCGGAUGAUGAGGCUCAUUCUCGAAAAUCUAGCUCAAGGAUACAAAAGUCUUUCUUGACGAAUGCGGCGAAUUGGGACUUAGAACAGGACUAUGAGACGAGAGCGAGGAAGGGAAAGAAGAAUGAGAAAGAGAGUACCCGGCUCCCUCUCAAACUUCAGGAUGGGCGUGUACAACAUGUCUCCGCUCCAGCUGUUGAUUUUGGUUCUCUCGAAAGUGACGAAGAUUGGUUAGAAGGUGGCGAUGACGAGUCUGAGGGUGAGGAAGCAAGGGUGAGGCAGCCCGAGAAGCCUGAUAUACCCGAACAUCAACAGAUCCGGGAAGCCAAAGAAGAGCUCGCGAAAAUAGCACUGUUGCUCAACGAGACUCCUGAAGAGAAUGGAGGUGCCUUCAAGGCCCUGGCCAAGAUUGGACAGUCCAGGAUCCCGGCUAUACAAAAGCUUACUCUGGCCACCCAGUUAGCCGUUUACAAGGACGUUAUCCCUGGAUAUCGAAUAAGGCCCGUAGCGGAAGAUGCGCCGGGGGAGAAAUUAUCGAAAGAUGUGAGGAGGGUGCGGACCUUUGAGAAUUCUCUCAUCUCAGGUUACCAGGCGUAUGUAAAGGAUCUCACUAGGCACGCCAAGGCUGGACGCCACCAUGCAAACGAAGGCAAGGGUCAGAGCGUCGCGAGCGUUGCCAUCAUGUGUGCUUGCACACUAUUGACCUCCGUGCCUCAUUUCAAUUUCCGGGGCGACCUGAUCAAGAUUCUGGUGGGAAAACUGUCUAAUAGACAUGUCGAUGACGAUUUCAAUAAGUGUCUCCAAACGCUCGAAACUCUUUUCAAAGAGGAUGAAGAUGGCUCUCCGGCCAUGGAAGCUGUCUCGCUCCUUUCCAAGAUGAUGAAGGCUAAAGAGUAUGAUGUACAUGAGAGCGUAGUCAACCUCUUCCUACAUCUACGUCUGCUAUCAGAGUUCUCUCACAAAGCAUCUAAGGAUUCUAUAGACCGUUCGGACAGCGCCGUCGGCCCCAAUGGCAAGAAGCCUAAAUCAAAAAGGGAGUUCCGAACGAAGCGAGAACGAAAACAAAUAAAGGAGCAGAAGUCGCUGCAAAAGGAUAUGGCACAAGCCGACGCAAUAGUGAGCUACGAGGAAAGGGAAAGAAAAGAAGGCGAGACCUUGAAACUCGUGUUCGGCACGUAUUUCCGUAUCCUCAAGCUUCGCGUGCCGCACCUCAUGGGCGCCGUCCUCGAGGGUCUGUCUAAGUACGCGCACCUGAUCAACCAGGACUUCUUCGGCGACCUCCUCGAGGCGCUUAAGGAUCUCAUCCGACAUAGCGAAGCGUCCGAGGACGACGACGUAGAUGGACAAGAAGACGAUGACACGGACGAGACGGCAUCGGCCCGCAACCCUUCGCGCGAAGCUCUCCUCUGCACCACAACCGCCUUCGCGCUCCUCGCGGGCCAGGACGCGCACAACGCCCGCGCGGACCUGCACCUCGACCUAUCCUUCUUCACCGCACACCUCUACCAAACCCUCUUCCCUUUGUGCCUAAACCCCGACCUCGAGCUCGGCGCGCGCUCGUUACACCUGCCCGACCCGGACCAGCGCCCCUCCCCGCACACCACACCCACGACGACCAAGAACAAAGUGAACCUGCAAACCACAACCGUGCUCCUCAUCCGCUGCCUAACCGCCAUCCUCCUCCCCUCCUGGAACAUCCGCUCCGUGCCUCCCUUACGCCUCGCCGCGUUCGCGAAGCAGCUGAGCACAGCGUCGCUGCACGUGCCGGAGAAAUCGGCGCAGGCGAUCCUGGCCCUGCUCUCGGACGUCGCGGCCACGCACGGCCGCAAGAUCGCCGCGCUGUGGAACACCGAGGAGCGCAAGGGCGACGGCACGUAUAACCCGCUCAGCGAGAGCGUCGAGGCGAGCAACCCGUUCGCGGCCACGGUCUGGGAAGGCGAGAUCUUGAGACGCCAUUAUUGUCCUAAGGUUAGGGAGGGCGUUAAGCUUGUGGAGAGGAGCUUGGGGAGGGCGACGGAGAGAUGA